UAAACGCAUAAAUUAUAGCCAGCAAUGAGCCUAAUUCAGUUGCCCGUAGCGACUCUGACAAAUGACAAUUUGGAGGCGCAAGAAACAGCGUACAAUUGCGACAUGCCUGGUAGUUGCGAAAACGCCUCACCAAACAUGGCUGCCAACGGCGUUAGCGCUGCGCUAUCAGCGCCAUCGCCAUCGCCAUCCCCAACCGCUGUCGCGCUGUGCCGCAACAACUCUGAUUCGCAUAUCGCGCGGCUAAACGUACAAAAAAAUCAAUCAAAUCUCUACUUCAUCAAGUCGUACAGCUUUAUAGACCGGUCCUUGACAAAUCAUUCGCGACCACGAAAGUCAAAAAGCGCAUCACCUAAUCCCACCAGCUUAAGGCAAAUUGAGGCGCUGCUACUCGACGACACGCAGUCACAUGAAAAUGCAAAAUCAGGAGCGCAACAGAAAGCAAAAGCGAAAAUGAAAAAAUCUAAAUCGCCGCCACCAAACGAUUCGGAUGAGAAUUUACGUGCCCUGCUGCGCCACCCCGCCGCGCUUGGGCAGGAGAGUAAGAACGCAGAUAAGGAGACCUUAAUACGCCGCGACACGCACUUGCGUCCAAAAUCGAUGCCCGCACCAUCAGAAGCCCACAGCCAAACGCAAACAGACCCGGUGGCGCCACCGCCGCCAAAUAAAUCAAAAAAAUCCACGUCUAAUUUAUUUAAGCGUGAUUCCUUCUUACGUCAUAGCCUGCAAUCGAUACGUCGCAGUUUUACCGCGCACAAGAAAUUCGCCGGCUUCGGGCAAAAUGCUACAACGUCUAAUGUGUGUACGAAUUCCACAACGUCUGCGUGUUCGAAGGCGUCGAAAAUAUCUUCAGCGUCAUCGUCAUCCUCCUCGUCAUCGAAGUCUUCUGCGUCCUCAUCGACCACUUCGACAGCGUCGGCAUCGGCGUCAGCAGGUGCAGAUGCGGCAGACAACCUGAGGCAUUCAAGCAAAAAGUGCCGUAAAAGUGAAAAGCCUGACAUCACUAUUAUGUUGAACGAUAAGGCUGCGCCGCGCGUGGAGGAGGCAGUUGAAGAUUGCGGCUGCGGCAAUCACAGUUUUGUGGCGAAUGCGACGGGGAACGCCGACGUGUCUUUGUGUAAAAGCGUCAGUACAUUUGCUGCAACUCCCAACGAUUCUACUUCCAUGGCACCAUUGCAAAGUCACGCUGAAACGCAAAGUGUCACAACGUUAAAUUUGCACGAGAAAGACAGCACCACCUCGCCGCUGACGUCGAUCGGCAGCAAUAGCAGCAAUUCGAACAGUGCACAGAAGCAAAAGCAGCUGCAGCGUCAUCAGCGUAACAACUCCAAUCAAAGUGAUUACUACACCGCAGCCUAUUCGGCGACAAUAUCGGACAGCAACGGCCGUGGCGAAGGGAGAUCCUUGAAUCCUUUAGCGCCAAGCGAGUCUACAACCAGCGUGCGCAGUAUCAGUCCAACGUCGCGUAAAAGUGCCACCAACAGUAAUUGGAGCAGCCACACCACGGCGAAGCAUGAGCAAUCGACGGCGGCAGCAACAGCUGCUGCUGCUGCCGCUACAACAACAGUGCCGGCGGAGAAGGAGAAGGAGAAGAAACGCAAAGAGGUCUCCAGUUCGCGUGUGAAGAAAUUCCAUCGGCACUUCACGCAGGUGUCCAAGGAUGAGAAGCUCAUUAAUUAUUUUUCUUGUGCGCUUGUAAGCGACAUUCUGCUACAAGGACAUCUUUAUAUAACGGAUCAGCAUUUCGCAUUCUACUCAAAUGUGUUUGGUUAUGUUACGAAGGUUGUCAUUCCCACUUCGUCGGUAACGAAAAUUUCCAAAGAGAAAACGGCCAAAAUCAUACCGAAUGCUGUCGGUGUCGCCACCGCCGACGAGCGCCAUGUCUUCGGUAGCUUUAUUAGCCGCGAGGCAGCCUUCCGUCUGAUGUGCAGCGUUUGUCCGCCACUAGCUCCUGCCGAAAUUCUUCCAAAAAUACCCGCAGAAAUUGAAAUUUCCGAAGAGUAUUCCAUCGAGGAUGACAGCAGCUGUUCGAUUAGCGGCAAUGAGAGUCCACCACAAGCGCUGGUAGCAGCAGCAGCUGCCGCCGCCGCUGGUGGUAUAGAUGGACUUGGUCAAACGCUAAUACGCCGCAACGUGGCUAGCUCAAGUUUGAACAUAGCCGAUGGCAAAGCAGCAACGUGUGAACACCAGCGACAUUCCGCUCCUCCAGUAGAUGCCAAACAAGCCGGCGCUUACUCCAAUUCAGGUGUAGCGUCACCCGCGGCACGCAGCGGCCAGCCGCUUAAUGCCGAUGGUACAAACGCCAGCUGUAGCAACGAUGCCAUUGCUGGCGCAGGCAUUGCACUGAUAGUGGCCGGCACCGCUUCUUCCACAUCGGCUUCAUCGUCACCCACACCGUCGACAUCUUCCUCGCUGCCCACCACAGUGAUGGCGGCCACCAGCAGCAGCACACCCAAGUCAGCUGCGCACGCGGCUGUGUCCAGCUUUAAGAGGCUCACACAGAAGGCGCUGCUACGCUUGAAAUUCCCCACGGAAUUACAUGUGGUCUACUUGGGUGUGCUGCUCACCAUGGUGUUGGCGUUGUUUUCCGUUUUCCUGCUCUAUCGAAUACUAGACAUUGAGGCGAAAACGAGCGCGUACCGCACGCCAACUGAAUUUCAUUGGCAGCGUUCCGGUAACGAUGACGAUAUAUUUGCAGAGGCUUUGCGUUGGCAAAGGGAAUUGCAAGCAAAAAGUACCGAAGAAGCUCAGAAUAUACUUACACAAAAUUUAGAACAAAUUGCCAAGGUACGUCGCAGCUUAGAAACACUCUCAAUGUUAAUCCAUGACCGAAGCUCAGCUUAUGCAGAUCGCGAUGAUAGUGACUGAAUUUAUAUUUUUAAUUAAUAUAUUAUUACUAAAUAUUAAAGGUUAAAUUUGGAACACCUACACAUGCACACCAUAAAAAGUACAUUCAUACAUACUAUGUAGGUUCACAAUAAUUUUUAAGCAAAUGAAAUGAAAUACUAUUAUAUUUAGAUAAUUAUAUAAUGAAUACAAGAAAAACUGCGUACUAAAGAAGGCGAAUGCAUGUAGAGAAUGAAAUGAAAAGCGCAAUAGUGAAUAAGUGAAGCGAGAAAAAAACUUAAUUAAGCAAAAACUAGAAGAGGAAAAAAUAAAAUAAAUAAAUAACAUUGAAUAUUUAGCCCGCAAACAUAUGUAUGUAUUUCAGAAACACUUUUCUUAGUUACUGUGCACAUUUAAAGUUGAAAUACCUUUACUAAAUAGUAUUAACCUAAUAUUAUUAAGUGGAAACAACGCAGUCAAAAGAAAGUAAGCGAGCAAGCGAAGUUUUUUUUAGCAUUCUCGAGCAUAUUUUGAAAUGAGCCGACUGCCAAAUUUAAGAUUUUUUUUAACUACAAACUAUUUAUAUUUUUAUAUAUAUAAAAAAAAAAAAACAUUUCUUUGCAUAUGGCUGUGCUUUCAAGUCACUUUUUUAUGGUUCCUAUUAAGGGUUAAAGUAUUAUUUUGGUAUAACAUAUACAUAGUCAUGUCAGUAUGUGCCAAAGGUAUUUUAAAAACGUGCGAAGGGAAGAACUACCGCAAGUCGAGGAAGGCUACCUGUUCACUGUAGGCAAUCUACUCAUUUCAAAAUAUGUGCAUGUAAGGAGCAGGCCUUUUAUGUGAUAAUUCAGAGUUCUAUAGUAGCCAUUGCAAAUAAAAGUAUGCACAAGUUAUUA